AUGUCUUUUGUCGGAGGCGGAGCAGACUGCUCAGUUAACGGAAAUGCCAUUGCUCAGUUCAAUAAGCACACUCAACAGGAUCGAUCACUCCAACGUCAAACUGCUAAUCAGACCCAGUUUAUCGGACAAAAUUCCUUCAAAAGCGAAAAUGGUGCCAUGAACCAGGCCGACCGUCGCAAUAUGGAAGCCUUCAUGAACGGUGGUGGUCAGCUGUUUCAGUUUCUGCCCAUGCAUCAUGAGUUGGACGUAAUCCACCGGAGCCUGGCGCAACCGGCCUUACACCAACCACAAAUACUUUCUCAAAAACAAAACUGGUCGACCGAGUUUCAGGCACACUCUCCUUCACCGUCGGCACAACAGCACGCUACCGGUAGCCCUCAGUGGGGCGCAGAGUUUCAAACAAGGCCAGAGCUCCAACAACAGCCACAAAUGCAAAAUUCUGGACUGCCCCAGAUGUCGAUGAGAAUGGGUUAUCGCCCCAUGAUGCCCAUGAUGGGCUCUAGUUUACACCAGCCAGCUCCCCAGGUGGCAGCCCAGCCGGUCAGCAACCAGGAACAGCAGGUGGACUGGGAUAACCAGUUUAAGGAGAUUGAAGAGCUCUCACAAACGGCAAAUGCCCAGACAGACGAGACGGCCCAACGCGAAGGCUCACCUGAGAUCGUAGUGGACGACAAGUACGAGGCUACAUUCCAGGAAGUCUGGGAUAGUUUGAACGAUGAGGCGUUAGAAAACGACUUUAUCAAUCAACAGUAUGAAGACUUCAAGACUACCCAGAGAGAAACACUUCCGGCAGAUAUGAGCCAAUGGGAGCGUGAUUUCGCCAAGUAUGCGUCCACCCGAGCCCAUUUCGGCGAAUAUAAGUCUGAAGACAAACAGAACAACCAAUUUUUGGAUCUUCCGGCUGACCAAGAUCCAUACGAAAUCGGGCUUCAGUUGAUGGAAAAUGGUGCGAAGCUCUCGGAGGCCGCGCUAGCAUUCGAGGCUGCCAUCCAACGUGAUGAGACUCACGUAGAUGCAUGGUUGAAAUUAGGGGAAGUGCAGACCCAAAAUGAAAAGGAGAUUGCUGGGAUUUCAGCGUUGGAAAAGUGUUUGGAGUUGAAUCCUGAAAACAGCCAGGCAUUAAUGACCUUAGCCAUCUCAUAUGUUAAUGAGGGUUAUGACAAUGCUGCAUUUGCUACUUUGGAACGGUGGAUUUCCACCAAAUACCCCCAAAUCACCGAAAAGGCCCGUCAACAGAAUCCUCAAAUCACCGACGAAGACCGGUUCUCUUUGAAUAAAAGAGUCACUGAAUUGUUUAUUAACGCAGCACAAUUAUCGCCCAAUCAAGCUAGUAUGGACGCCGACGUUCAAUUGGGAUUGGGAGUUUUGUUCUACGCCAACGAGGACUUUGACAAGACCAUCGACUGCUUUAAAGCUGCCUUAAGUAUUAAACCUGACGACCCGGUCUUGUGGAACCGGUUGGGUGCUUCCUUGGCAAACUCCAAUAGGUCAGAGGAAGCAGUUGAUGCUUACUUUAAGGCUUUGGAACUCAAACCAACUUUUGUUAGAGCACGUUACAACUUGGGAGUUUCGUGCAUCAACAUUGGAUGUUACAAGGAAGCUGCCGAGCAUUUGUUGAGUGGUUUGGCCAUGCACCAAGUUGAAGGUCACGACACUACUGCCACCACAUCAUUAUCCCCAAACCAAUCUACUGCAUUAACCGAAACGUUAAAAAGAGCAUUUAUUGCCAUGGAGAGAAGAGACUUAUUGGAAGUAGUCAAACCAGGAAUGAACUUGGACCAAUUUCGGGGAGAGUUCACCUUCUGA